GCUGGUGAAAUUUGGAAAAGCAAAAACAAGGGGACUUGGCAGGGAAGUUAGGAAGCUAAUAAGCUUCGCUUUUGACGUUUCUCAUCGUAAUUGACUCGUUUUACUCCUAAAACCCUUCUCUUCACUCUGUGUGUGUCUCUGACUGUCUCUCGAUUAGAAUUUUGGCCGUAUGGAUAUGGAGAUUGAUUUCAAAGACUACAAAUUGAGCUCCGAACUUCGAGGUCAUGAAGACGACGUUCGUGGUAUAUGUAUAUGUGGCAAUGCUGGAAUUGCGACUUCAUCUAGAGACCGGACUGUGAGGUUUUGGUCUCUUGAUCCAUCAGACAUGUGCAAGUAUACAUCAUCAAAAAUUUUGUUGGGACAUUCAAGUUUUGUAGGUCCGUUGGCUUGGAUUCCACCAAAUGAACAGUACCCGGAAGGUGGGAUUGUCUCUGGUGGAAUGGAUACAUUGGUUUUGGUCUGGAACUUGAGUACAGGAGAGAAAGUGCAGGUUUUGAGGGGCCAUGAGUUGCAAGUCACUGGCAUUGCAUUGGAUAAUGAGGACAUUGUCUCUUCCUCUGUCGACUGUACAUUGAGACGUUGGAGGAAGGGUCAGGGUAUUGAGUCCUGGGAGGGUCACAAGUCAGCUAUCCAGGCAGUGGUAAAGCUGUCAUCUGGCGAGCUUGUUACAGGUUCAAGUGACAAAACUUUAAAACUUUGGAAAGGAAGGACAUGUGUGCAUACUUUUGUGGGACAUACAGAUACUGUUCGAGGCUUAGCAGAGAUGCAUGGAUUGGGCAUUCUUUCUGCAUCACAUGAUGGUUCAAUCAGGUUAUGGGCGUUAACUGGUCAAGUAUUGAUGGAGAUGGUUGGUCAUACUUCCAUUGUUUAUUCAGUUGAUUCACAUGUGUCUGGACUGAUUGUCAGUGGUAGUGAAGAUUGUUCUGCUAAGAUGUGGAAAGAUGGAGUUUGUGUUCAGAGCAUAGAGCAUCCUGGCUGUGUUUGGGAUGCCAAAUUCUUAGAAAAUGGAGACAUUGUGACAGCAUGCUCGGAUGGAGUUGUACGUGUUUGGACAUCACAUCAGGAUAGGAUUGCAGAUCCGCUAGAUCUUGAGUCAUAUGUCUCCCAACUGUCUCAAUACAAGUUAAGCAGGAAGAGGGUUGGAGGACUGAAAUUGGAAGAUUUGCCGGGGCUAGAAGCUUUGCAGAUUCCAGGAACGACUGAUGGCCAGACUAAAGUUGUUAGAGAAGGGGACAAUGGUGUAGCAUACGCUUGGAAUUUGAGAGAGCAGAAGUGGGAUAAAAUUGGAGAAGUUGUUGAUGGACCAGAUGAUGGCAUGAAGCGGCCUAUUCUUGAUGGAAUUGAAUAUGAUUAUGUAUUUGAUGUUGAUAUUGGAGAUGGUGAACCCAUUCGGAAGUUGCCAUAUAAUCGAUCAGAUAAUCCAUACACUGUUGCUGAUAAGUGGCUUAUUAAAGAGAAUCUUCCUCUUUCCUAUCGUCAGCAAAUUGUAGAUUUCAUACUCCAAAAUUCUGGACAAAAGGGCAUUGCUCUUGAUUCAUCAUUUCGUGACCCAUACACGGGUGCAAAUGCUUAUGUACCUGGACAAGCUUCUAACUUGCCUGCUGUAUCAGCAAAGCCUACUUUCAAGCAUAUUCCAAAGAAAGGAAUGCUAGUUUUUGAUGUGGCUCAAUUUGAUGGGAUCCUGAAAAAGAUAAAGGAGUUCAACGAUGCUUUUCUAUCUGAGCCAGAUAAAAGGAACUUGUCUUUGUCAGAGCUUGACAUAUCUAGACUUGGUGCAGUUAUUAAAAUUUUAAAGGACACUUCCCAUUAUCAUAAUAGUAAAUUUGCAGAUGUUGACAUUGCUUUGCUGUUGAAAUUGCUGAAGUCUUGGCCAGUAGACAUGCUAUUUCCUGUUAUUGAUGUCUUGAGGAUGAUUGUCUUACACCCAGAUGGGGCGAGUGUACUUCUCAAGCAUGUUGAGGAUGAAAGUGAUAUACUAAUGGAAGUGAUUAAGAGAGUUACAAUCAAUUCUCCGCUGCCUCCCAACAUUUUAACCAGCAUGCGUGCAGUAACUAACCUAUUCAAGAAUUCAUGCUAUUACAACUGGCUACUAAGGCAUCGCAGUGAGAUUCUUGAUGCAUUUUCAAGCUGUUAUUUGUCACCAAACAAGAAUUUGCAGUUGUCUUAUUCUACCUUGAUACUCAAUUAUGCUGUUCUGUUAAUACAAAAAAAGGAUGAAGAAGGUCAAUCACAAGUUCUUUCAGCUGCUCUUGAGAUUGCAGAAGAGGGAAAUGUAGAAGUUGAUUCGAAGUUCCGGGCUUUAGUUGCCAUUGGAUCACUGAUGCUUGAUGGUCUGGUGAAACAAAUAGCUUUGGACUUUGAUGUUGGGAACAUUGCCAAAAUAGCCAAGGCUUCUAGAGACGCCAAGAUUGCUGAAGUUGGAGCUGACAUUGAACUGUUAAUAAAACAGCAUUGAAUCUUUUUCCUUGUUCAGGCUUGUGUAGCAAUCAGCACUUAGCAGGAACUCAGAAGGAAAUUAACAGCAUUACCUUUCAAUCGGAAGAGGAAACCAUGUCGUGAUAUCUCGAGAUAUGCAAAAGCGUUUUGUUGCAGCAAACGGGGCACGCUAGCAACUUCCUGGAAUGUUUUGCUAAAUUUCUAACUUAUAUUCGUUGGGGUUAAAAAAAAAAAAAGAAAAAUUGCAAAUUGGGUCCCACAAUUGUAUUAUACCUGCAGACUGAGGAAAGCAAUUGCUGAUGAGUUCUGAAAUUAUUGAUUGAUGGAGUUUGUAGCUGAACAAUUAUGUUCGUUAUUCAAGUUCUGUUUGUUUGUA